AUGGUUGAUACAACAUCGCCCCAUGCAAACGACACCAGUGGUGAGAAUAAUAAUGACUCCUCAAUGGCAUUUAUGCGUCCGCGAAUCUUACUGACCGGUCUUCGUCGAUCUGGGAAAACUUCGAUUCAACGGGUUAUAUUUACAAAAAUGCAGCCAUCACAAACCCAAUUUCUUGAAUCGACACCACAGUUAGUAACCAAUCAUUUUUCUUGCGGUUCGUUCAUCAAUUUUCAAGUACAAGAAUUACCCGGUCAAUUGCAUGUAUUUCCAUCAUCACAAUCGUCAAGUGUAACUGGUGAAACCAAUGAGCAGUCGUCAUCGUAUGAUGACGAUGCUACACAUAUGCUUGGCAGCGGCUAUGAUAUAGAACGACUGUUAAAACGAUGUCAUGCUGUUGUGUAUAUCAUUGAUGCUCAAGAUGAUUAUAGUGAAUCAAUUGCGCGUUUGAAUAUGAUUAUACAAUUAGGUUGUACUGUAAAUCCAAAAAUUCGAUACGAAGUUUUUAUACAUAAAGUCGAUCAGUUAUCUGAAGAAGCAAAAGCAGAUACACAACGAGAUAUUCAUAAUCAGGUAAGAGAUCGUUUUACUGAUACCGGUAAUGAACUAGAUCACUGGCCAUCGACGCCAUUCUCAUCCAAUGCAAAUCCUCGUGGAGUGUUAAUUAAUUUUCAUUUAACAUCCAUUUAUGAUCAUUCGAUAUUCGAAGCAUUCUCGAAAGUAAUUCAAAAAUUGCUUCCACAAUUCGGCCAUCUGGAAUAUUUACUCAACUAUCUUCUUUCGGCAUCAAAUAUCGAGCAAGCAUUUCUGUUCGAUAUUCAAACGAAAAUCAGUAUCGCAACUGAUUCAACUCCAACGGAUAUGCAAAUGUAUGAGCUAUGUUGUGAUAUGAUCGAUUUAUUAAUUAACAUGAGUGAAAUCUACGGACAACCCAGUGGAAACGACGGUGACGAAAUUGAAAACGAUGUUGAUUAUGAUCCGACAAACGAACAUGAGAUGAAUGGUACUCAUUCAGCGGCAGAAGAUCCGUAUCAAAACGGUCCAAGAGCAAUCGAGCAGCAGUGCUAUUCAGAGACAACCGACGAACCUGCGUUUAACGUAUUUGAUUCCAUGUCAUCGAGUGUUAUCAAGCUAACCGGUGGUCGUGCACUCUAUCUCAAAGAAAUCAAUCACCAUCUUGCACUGAUAUGUGUCUUACGCGAGGAAGCAUUGGCAAAACAGGCGAUUAUUGAUUAUAAUGUUAAACAAUUGAAAGAUUCGAUUUUAAAACUGUUUCGUUUAAAUCAGGAAAUCACAGAAUCUUCAAUGACAUCAUAG